AAAGGUAGUGCCUCACAAAAGAAUAGAGCUUUGCAGGUUCCUUUGAAGACUGUGGAAAAGAUAGCACAAGAGAGAGGCUUGGCACCAGAAGAAAUUCAUAACUUGCUGAACAUCGCACUCAGUGGCAAGCUUGGUACAGUGAUAAGCACUAGGCUACUGAAGAAUCUGAUUCCCAUUUCCGUAAUAACAGAGGAUUCUGUUAUUUCAGCUGUGUCUUGGCUCUGUGCUUGCAAGUGCUCUAGUGACAUUCAGGUGCUCAUUCUAAAAUGGCUAAUUGUAAUGUAUGACUUCAUUGAUCAGAAGGAAAAUAUUAAUGCUGUCUAUGGUUUCUUCUUCAACUUCUUACAAUAUGACAAAUUGCUCCCCUUUGCCUGUCAUGUGCUGUGUUUGCUGACCAGAAUAGAGAAUGUGAAACCUUUCCGUGUGAGGAAACUUCUAGAUUUACACGACAGGAUGGGAUCACAAUGUUCUCUGCAGACUCUGCUAUGGAAGUACAAGAGCUUUGCUCCUGAAAUGGUAACAAUAACUUUGCCUACAAAAACAAAGGUGAGGAUGCUUUCAAAUGAGAUCUGUGCUGUGCUGUGCUGUGCAGUUGAGAUUUGCGCUGGGAGACUAGCUGAAUAUGAUAUUAUGCCAUUUAGGACUUUUUCACACCCGUGGAAAACAGCAAUUGACAACAUAAAACAGAGAAUUCAUGGAACACCAUCUGCAUCCCAGCUAACUUUAAAAUACAUGGAGUACCCACAAUCUCAGAAGAGGGCAAGGAAUACAAAGUUGAUUCCGCCUGUAUGCAGCUCCAAUGCAGGAAGCUUAGCUGAGAGUAAAAAGCAUAAAUUCGUUUCGUUGGAACAGCUGCAGACCUUCCCCCAACUUCUGCAGAACAUUCAAUAUUUAGAGCCUCCAGCCCAAAUAGGCUCGGUGAUAGUCAAUCCUCUGUUGCUCCACUACUUCAGUCUCAAAGAUAAAUCAGUCCCUAGGAGGAUGCAUUACUGGAUGGCUUAUACAUUAAAAGAAGGAUGCCCUUGGUAUAAGAUGAUGAACCAGGAAGAUGAAUUGAACUUCAAAGUCUUCUUAGAAGAAGUCUUCAAAGCAGAGUGUUUCUUGCAGAUGGGUUUCUUGGCCUGCGAAGAAUUUUUGUGGAAGAGUCUGCGCUUCUGGGAUGGCUGCUGCUGUCAGUCACAGGUCCUGCAGCUGGUGAGAUGGAUCUCUCCCAGCAGCUUCUCAGAAAUGAAGACUUAUCUCUACCGGCCAUUGUUGAAGCUUUUUUCCACAUCAUCUCUUUGUUUUAAGUAUGAAGUUCUUGAAAGCCUAAGGGAACUGUUACUGAACAUGCUGAAUUGCCACAUGCAAGCAGACAUGGCAACAGAAUCAAAUGUUGAUGUGUUGAACACCACCCAAUUUGACCCGGAAAGCUCCUUGGAAGAGCUCAUUCACUUUGUAAACAGGCUCUCAACUGUUGGCCUGUGCUUGGAGAACAACUCUACUUUGUUAAUGAAUGUUAUCCUGGAUUUCUAUGAGACGGUGUCUGAUAUAUAUGUAAAGUACAGGCUCCCCUUGGUUGUGCUGCUUCCUUCUGGAGUCUUCUAUCCAGCACUUCUCAGCAUGAGUUCUGCCACACUUGACCAACUCUGCUACAUUAUGUACAGGUAUCGAAUCAACCUGUUGGCUGCAAAACGAAGCCACAACACUGAAAAGUUCAAGCUCAUAUACGAGACUUGCCAGGAAUACAACCAAAAGCUAUCAACCAUAGCUGGGUAUCUGUGGACCUCACAAGCAUUCCAGAAGUCCCCCUGCCUUCAGGGGAUUCAGCUGGACCCAGAAGUGCUGGAAAUGACAAGGGUGAAGGACCACAGGAAAGGCUUCAAUGUAGUUUUCCACCCUGCGCUGAUGGGAUAUGCUGUGCUCUUCUUGAAGAAGAUGCAACCAGAGGACACAACCCUGAACUUCAAAGUCAUUCGGGGGGAAAGGCGGAGAUGGUACCAGGAAUUUCUCUACUCCCAAGAAUUACAAGGCCUGAAGCUUUUCAUCGAAAGUAGCAUUAGCCAAGUUCCUCAAAGAAAACAAGGCAUUAAUGGAAACAAUUCUUACAUUCUGUUUUAA